AUGGCUACAAGGAAUCUGACGGAUACUUACGUAAAUCUUCGCACCGAAAUCAGCCGCUUCAAGGCAUAUUCGUUGGGUGACUCUGGUGUACGUUGUGAUAGUCCAGGGGUAGUAUACAUCAUUCCACGAACCUUACGAACAAACACCUUGCUAUUUACUGUAAGAACACGCCAUAAUCUUAAACAAGCUACAUACUGACGCCUCUUUUUUGUACGGAUUGAAACAGGACGAUGAUACCGUUGCCCUUGUUAGAAGAACCAGUGAUCUGGAACUCGGCGUGCAGGCCGGAGGAAUUAGUUCUUUACCGCCUCAAUGGUGUGUAUAGUUUCGUUUCUCGCUAUUUACAUAUUGCACAUAUUUGUACAAUGAAAACUGGAGUUUAAAACACACGAUAACGUGAUCGAUUUUUCUUGUUUUUAACCUCAAUUCAACAUUCGUGUAUUGCAUUUAAAUUUCCUAAAGGAAGUUUAAUAUCAUAGCGCCAAUCUCUGGAAAAAGCAUUGUGUCCUAAUUGGAGUCUUAUUGAAUUUUAUAUCACUGAGUGAGUGUUGUCAUUACACAGAAAAUUGAAAUGCACUGUAAACAUGAUAACAAGACGAUGUAAUGAAGAAUUCUUAACGAUCAACGGCAGUCAAAUAUCAUAAUUUCACAUAGAAAUUACUCUAAAUUUCAACUCCAGCUUUCUUGAUGAACUGGACCCCUUCGAGGUUCUUUUUUUUUGGAAGUGAAUUGUUUUUCUCAUCAGUUUUAUUUCAUAUACACGACUUUUCUUGUAUUCAUUUUCAUCACCGCACACAAUUAAAAUCAAACAGGUUGGGAAAAAUUUAUAUCCUAGAGUAAAUUUUGAACCACACAUUUGAAACCAGUUUGUGUGUGUUUUCCUUGUGGGUUAUGGUGAUGUACCUGGAACUGAGAAAAUAUAUUUCAAGCUAUUGUAACAUCACUUUUACUUGACAUAAAUACGAAUGUAUCAGUUGAGGGUGAGAAUUUCUUGUUAGUUGAUUUAGUGUUUCAGUAUUCUGUAAUUGUAGCCAAGUGUAUCCUACGAAAGUCAAAAGUUUUUUCUCCUCUGAGAAAAAUGAAAAACAUAAGAUGAUGGUCCAACUGUGCAAAGUGUUCACUGAACUGUAACUUACAUAAAAUCUGAUUUAUCCAAUCUAUAUACUUUUUUUAAAAAUAUCUCUCCCCACCAAGAAGUAUAAUCUCAAAUUUUAUAGCUACACUGUGUGUCUUUCAAGAGUAUCAACCCUUUUAAAAUAACCCUUUAACUCCCAGAAGUGAUUAACAUGUAACUUCUCUCUAUAAUAUCUAUACAAUAUCCAGUGAACAGGUGAUGAGAAUAUUCAAACUAAUGAGGUUGAAGUUGUUAUCUUGAUCUAACACCAAAUUCUCAUAACUUAUUAACAAGAAAUUGUGUAGCAACUAGAAGGGAGAAUCAUAAAUCAGAUCUUGGGAUUUUAAGGGUUAACCCCAAGAAUGAUCAGCAUCUAAUAUCUCCUUACAGUUCUACUGCUGAAUCUUCCAUUGAGAUCAGGAUAAUGAAAGGAAUGAUGUUCAACCUACAAACUUUGACUGUUAAACAAAUUUUCCUUGUCUGUACUAAGGGAAAUGUGUAGAGAGGAGUAUAGAGAAUGUAGAUACUGAUGUUAGGUUUCAAAGAGUUAACCCAUGUCCCUGAAGAUUAGCGCUUUACUCUUUAAAUGUUAAUUUUUAUAUAUGUGAUAAUUCAACUGUGUUUUACCUUGUUCACUGCUAUAGGGUUGAUGUUGUUGAGGAGGUAAGAUUUCUUUUCGCUUUGUGAUUGUCGAUGUCAUCAGAAUAGAAAAAGUAACUGAAUGUUGUAAACUGUUGUAAUCUCUGAAAUGUCCUUUGGUAACUUUGGAUUCAGAAUUAUCAUAAAAUCUACAAGGGGAGAUUUUGUUUCAUGUUACUUUUCAGACUUUUUUUUUUUCACAAUGAGUGUACCAUGAGAUUUGUAAAUAAUUUGAACAUUAUUAGGUGUUUCUUUCUGAACUUGUAUCUCAAUGCUGGUGAAUCAGAAUGUUUAUGAUGUCUUAAUUUGUGUGGUGUAAUGUAUAUGUAACAUUUCAAGCUAUCAAAAACAAUCUAGGUGACACCAAUAAAUAUCCUAUGGUGUUUUUAACAAUAUACUUUUAAGUAAUGAUCUCUAUGUGUAUAAUUUAACACUGAUCGAAUUUGCAUUUUAUUUUUUUUACUUUUUAGAUUCAGUAUGAAAUCACUAAAAUAAAACAAAGAAGUGAGUUGAAUUCUGAUCAAACUAUAACUUUUAAGUUAAGGUUAUUAUAACAGUGAUAUUCCUGGACUUGAGAGGUCCAAGUUUACAAAUUCUCACUUGUUUACGUUAUAUACUGCCUUAGCUCUGAUUAGUUUAGAAACAAAAUGAAUCAUUAUCCUAAUUGUUUAGACUUGUCAUUUGAGUGACUAACAACAUUUGGUAAUGUGAGCAAAGUACUGUUGCGGCACUGUUAUUAGCAACAAUAUAAGCAAGGAUUCUGCCAAGUUCAGGAACAUUAUUCCAUGGCUGUCUUAAGUUUAUUUUGCCAUUUCCAAUUUGCUUGUGAAAUAUCCUGACUGUAUAAUCUCUUAUUUUUCCCAUCAGUGCAAGAACUGGCUACUCUUCACGAUCGCCAUCUGAACAGACCAACUCUUGAUGACAGUGUGGAUGAAGAACAAACAAUAGAAAUAACAACAAAGGAAAUAACACAGGUACACUUUAUAAGGAGGGGAGGGAGACAUGUUGGCCUAAUGGUUGGUGCACCUGACUCCAGGUAGAGAGGUCCAAAUUUAAGACCUGGCUGGGUCAUUGUGGUGUGUUUUUGGGCAAAACUCUCUACUCUCACAGUGCUUCUCUCCACUAAGAGUGUAAAUGGGUACCAGCAAAUUGUCAGGGAAGCCUGAUGAAGUGGGGGGAUAACUUUGCGAUGGACUGGCAUCUCAUCCAGGGGGGAGUGGUGAUACUCCUAGUCACCUCAUGCUAUGGAAACUGGGAUAAGCUGCAACUGGAUGGGAUACUUGGCUUGGGUACAGACUUACAAACUAUAGCUUCUAUAAAUACUCAAAUUACACAAGUACACAGUAAGGAAUUUUGUCACGGCUGUAGCUAAUAACUGAACAGCUGUUUAACUCUUUUGUUUGUUUGUUUGUGAUAGAUGUUCCAUCAAUGUCAAGGCUCUAUUCAGAGAAUAGGACGUCAAAGUAGAAAUUCCUCCAAACAAGAACAUCGUCUUCUAAAAAAUGUCAUGUCUUCAUUAGCUGUUAGUCUACAAGAACUCUCUACCAAUUUCAGAAAAGGGCAGUCAUCAUAUUUGAAAAGUAAGCUUUUGUUAAAUAGUUAUUGUGAAAUUUGUCUUUUUUUCUGAUAAAAAGUGUUUUCUUCAAUUGCACCCCUUUACAUGGCCUGUGAUAAUUUCUUUGCAUCAAAACAUAAGGUUAACCCCAACCAAUGCAGUAUGAUAUCACUAAAAGGUAGUAGACAAAACAUGUCGGCAGGGAUUGCCUGCCAAAUUAUGGCCAAAAAACCAUGAGAAGAAAGUUAGACAAGUAUUGAUUUUUACUGUUUAAGUUAUUCAAUGACACACUUUAGUGUUCAAGUGCAAAUACUUAAAAAGUGUAAGCCAAUAAACUCUAUUUGAAUGAACUUACCCCACCAGUUAUCUCUGACCUCUGAUCUCUGACAUGUUAAGUGUAUGUAUGUUAACCCUUUAACUUCCAUGAGUGACCAAGACAGAAUUCCUCCUUACAAUUGCAAUACAAUAUCAACCAGAUAGUGAUGAGAAUAAAGAAAAAUAUAAAUUUGGGGAUAAUUAGUUGAUCCAAUACUAAAUUUUCUGAACUAACAUUGUAAGAAUUGUAUAGUUGACAGUAAAGGGAAUUACAAAUUUGAUCUGGGAGUUAAAGGGUUAAGUGCCCUUGUGUCAGCCUGAUGAAUUAAUUUCUCAACUGCUGGGUAAUUUUCUUUGCUAAUGCACCUUCCUGCAAUACUUCUCAUUGAGAAAUGUAGACACAUAGCAUGAACACAUGGUGUGUCCUUAAAAAAGGUGCCUUAUUAAUGGUGGCUGCUUGCUAUGGAGUGCCAUUCUAUUCUGUACAAAAUCCAGCAUUUGCCUCAUCAUUGAAGAAAAUGUUGAUACAUGAUUUGUACAACUUACAGUCUGAAAGUUCUCUAACAGGUUUUUCAAAGAUUAUUCUAUUUAGGAAUACCUUUUUGUCCUAAUUAUCUCUCAGGACUAAAGAACCGGGAAGAAAGGGAAAGACAAUAUUUUGAUACAGGAUUACCUGCCACUAGUAGUGCACUCAUGAAUGAAGAUGUAGUUGAAGAUGAUGAACUUUAUGACAGGGUGAGUUGAAGCAGCUUCUGAUCUAACUAAGGAAAUUUAGCAACAAAAGAUUCAUUUGCAAGUCUUGAAAAAAUAAGCUAACCAACCAUGAGAUUAUGAACACCUCUUUUGCAGGGUUUUACAUCAGACCAGAUGAGGUUGGCAGAGGAGAACACAGCUUUAAUUGAGCAGAGAGAAAAAGAAAUCCAGUCUAUAGUUCAGUCAAUAUCAGAGCUUAAUGAAAUUUUUAGAGACCUUGCCACCAUGAUUGUAGAACAGGUAAGGCAAACGAGGCUUACUGUCUUCUCUGGGAGUAAACUUUCUCAAGUUAGUCAAAACACAAGUGCAUUUUAUGAGAAUCAGCUGUCAAAUUGUACUUAGGCUGUUUUAUAUUUUGUAUUAUAUAUUGUAUUACUUUAUUUAUACCUACAGUACUGACGGAGUGGAAGGGCCAGAUGGAGCAACGAUUUGUAAAUUUUUUUCUCUUCCUUUGUUCUGGUAUUUUGCAUCUUGCAGAAACAUAUGCAAGGUUAUGCAGCACCUCUUGUACCACCACCUUCUGCCCACAUCUCUUUAUCUGAUUAGUUAGCAGUACUGGUUAUGAUGAAAUUCCAGGGGGAACUGCAUCUAUUUAUCCAAGUUAACUAUUGGUAACUGGCUAAUGAUGGAAAUUAUCUUUGCAGGGUUCAAUUUUGGAUAGAAUAGAUUACAAUGUAGAACAAGCAGCUGUGAAAGUUGAAGAGGGCUUGGAGCAGCUUAGAAAGGUUGGUGUAAUAUACUGGCUGAGGAUUAAUGAAUAAGGAUGUUUUAGGGUCAAGUGGGCUCUGUGUUCUUCUUAUAGAGCUAAUUUCAUUGCUUCUCUUGAAUCAAUUUUGAGACACCUGCUCCAUCAUCUACCCUUAUUUGAACCUGUUUUGGAUCUUCUGCUGAAAUUCCCUUUUUUACCCACUGCUCCUGACAAGCUAAAAAUAAAAUUGUCACUUUCAAUAAUCUUGGUUUAAGUUGUAUAAGGAGCUUUGCUUGGAAAGUUUGCAAUUCUUAAAAGACUCAGUCUUGAGAUCUGUUUAUGAUGCACCAGUCCAGCUGCUAUAAGUUUCUUUUUUAUUAAGUUAGGUCAAUUCAGGGUUAUAUUGAAUGGAACACUCCUUAGCUUGUUGAUUUGUCCAUUCUUAGCCAGUAAGCUGGUGGUUUUGAAUUUGCUUUGAACAUGGUAGGAAUCCUGUUUUAUGCACCAAUUUUAAAAGAUAUUCACUCGUCAGGUAUACUUAAAUGAGAAUUUCAAAUGUCACAGAUCCACAAGGCAAAACAUCAAAUCUCUCCUCUUGGUCAAUCACUCAUAGUAUUUUACAGCUUAGCCUGAUUUGACAGCAUUUGCAGUUUAGAGCUUCUAAAUUAUAUCACAUUUUAUUUUAUUUCAGGGUGAAAAGCACCAGAAAUCCUCACGCAAGAUGUUGUGUAUAAUUCUUUUAGCAGUUACUGUAAUUAUCAUGCUUUUAGCGCUUGUAAUCACAAAAGCUUCAUAAUGAGCAUGUGUUUGGUCCAUCCAUUCCCUUUAUAUUAGGUUGUUUCAUAUUGAUUUGUAUAUUUGAUAAAAA